AUGGCUUCCCCGCCGCCAAAUGCGUCCGCGGAAGAUGUUAUGGAAGAUCUGCAGUUGUAUCAAGUCUUGCUGAGCAGUCUGGAGGAAGAACGGCCUGAUGCUCUUGCGGAGCGCGACGAACUGCGUGAGACCAUCAGGAAGUUAGAGUCGCGUCUGGCGGAAAUGCGGGGCGAAACAGUUCGACAACCUGUUGCUCGUCCGCCAUCAUCGAGUUCGGCUUUCUCUCGGGCGCAGAUGGACGGCAGCUCGGACCCUCUGGAUGAUCUGCGCCCUUUACAGGCCUCGUCAACAGCCAUGUCCCCUCCAGCGCAAGCCUUGACAUCGCGCCCGGCUGCUCAGCCGUCUUCUCGAUUUUUACAGCCGCUGCCUACACGCAAGCGUACGCGUGGAGAUGCAAACCUGAGCGACCCAUUGGAACCGGUGUCGAAACGAACCACACCCACACACCCGCGGUCUGCAUCUAUUACUCCGUCUAUCGCAUCUACUCGCAGUGGGUCUGAGGAGCCAAACGACUCCGCAGAUAGCUCCGAGGAGUUGCGCAAACUGCUCGGUUUCGAUGAUGAUGACGGGUUUCUCGAGGAGCAAAGAAAGGCCGAGCAGUGGCUGCAGGAACGUAAGGAACAGGAGCGCCGAGACGCAGAGUAUGCCCGUAUGCUUCAGGAAGGCUUGUACGAUCCACCAGCAGCAGAACUGUCGCAGUCGGAUUCCUUGAGAAGCUCGCCACCGGUUGCUUCCAACUCCGGUCCUCCGUACACAGCACCGGCUCCCUUGCGACCAAACUCCAGUGUGAUGAUUCAGGAGCCGGUCCCAGAGUCCCCCUCACCUUUCCGAUCGCUGGGAGGGCGGAACGCUGGCCUUGCUCACUCCCAUCCCCACCCAUCCUCGUCGAACCAGGCCCAAUUUGUCCAUCACCGUUCCCCAGUCAUUCAUUUACCAGAUAGCGAUGACGAGGCUUGGGACGAUGACGAGGAUCUGGAGGAGAUCUCGCAUUUCGACUUUGGUCGCAAUCUUCAGCGCCGGACAGGAAACCCCUCCGCGUUGCAAGACUAUCUUGGUCCAAAUGCCACUUACUCGGCUCGGUACCCGUGGAUAGACGGUAUCUCUUCAAACCACCAGGGACAGUCCCGAUACUCGGAGCAAAUGGGGCGUACAUCGCUGUCACCGGGCCCUGGCAUGCCCGGGGUGUACGGUCCAAAUGUGAUUCAUAAUACUUUGGCGAGAUACCGGGUCGAGAGAGCGAUCAGAGAGAAUCCUAAUUUCUUAAACACAAUAAUGCCCGGCAGAUUCCCCUCUUCUAUGGAUGCUAUGCUUGCGCACGGACGCUUGCCCGGGCUAACGCCUGGAUCCAGUCGACACGACUAUGAAUCUAAUAUUGGUUACUUACCAGAUUCCCUUGCCUUCGACCCAAAGAAAACUCAGGAAGAAAUCAAACAGCUGCUUGAAAAUAUCAGACCCGACUCUGAGCUUGACUCAGUAAACCGUGAGGGUACCCCUGAGGCCCUGAAAUUCUCGUUGAUGGAGCACCAAAAGUUAGGCCUCUCCUGGAUGAAGUCCAUGGAAGAGGGCGAGUCCAAGGGAGGAAUCCUCGCGGACGAUAUGGGCUUGGGAAAGACUAUCCAAGCCCUUUCUUUGAUUGUCUCCCGCCCCUCGGACGAUCCUGAAAACAAGUCGACCCUCAUUAUCGCCCCGGUAUCGCUGAUGCAACAGUGGAAACGCGAGAUCGAACGGAUGCUCAAGCCUGGGCGGCAUCAACGGAGUGUUUACGUGUUGCAUGGCGACCGGCGGGCUGUGAGCUUCAAAGACCUCCGGAAGAACGACAUUGUGCUCACUACUUUUGGAACAAUGGCGUCGGAACUAAAGCGCAAGAAAGAAUGGGAGGAUUCCCUGAAACGUGGAGGCCUUGUCGGACGCAAGUUCAUCCUCCCCGUUCUUGGCCAGGGUUGUAAAUGGCAUCGGGUCAUCAUCGACGAGGCCCAGUGUAUCAAGAAUCGGAAUACCAAAGCUGCCUUGGCCUGCUGCGAGAUCAACGCCACAUACAGAUGGUGCAUGAGUGGUACACCGAUGAUGAAUAGUGUUGAGGAGCUGCAUUCCUUGCUCAAGUUCCUACGCAUCAAACCUUACAAUGAUCUGGAGAGAUUUAAUAUGGUAUUUACAAGGCCUUUGAAGAGCGCCAGCGGCGCCGCACAAGAAACGGCAAUGAAACAGCUGCAAGCCUUACUUCGCGCAGUGUUGUUGCGACGCACCAAAUCCUCCAAGAUUGACGGAAAGCCCAUUCUGCAGCUCCCACCGAGAGUCACAGAGAAGGUCCAUGCGGUAUUUAGUGAGGAUGAAGAGGCGCUGUACAGUUCCCUAGAGAACAAAACACAGCUGCAGUUCAACAGGUAUCUCAACGCCGGCAGCGUGGGCCGGAACUAUUCCAAUAUUCUGGUUCUGCUCCUCCGGCUGCGCCAAGCGUGUUGCCACCCUCACUUGAUGUCCGAUUUCAGCGUCGAGGCGAGUGCCAAUACCGACGAGAUAGAUCUUGUCUUCAACGCGGAGCAGUUCGGCAAGGAAGUCGUUGUCCGUCUAAAAGACAACGACGACCUAGAAUGCCCGAUCUGUAUCGACGCGGUCGAGAACCCGGUUAUCUUCUUUCCUUGCGGCCACAGUACCUGUGCCGAGUGCUUCUCCAGGAUCUCCGAUCCGGCCCUGGCCGUCCAACAAGGGAACGAUGGCACGGUGGAGGUCAAAUGUCCGAACUGCCGUGGGAAAGUGGACCCGAAGAAGGUGACAGAUCACAAUACAUUUCGAAAGGUUCAUUAUUCAGAGGGACCCGGCGAUGCAGCGUCAGCGGAGGAAGCAGGAGAAGCCUCCAAAGCGACAGAAGCAGAGGACGACAGUGACAGUGACGAUGACAGUGAUGAUGAGGAAGACCUUGGUAGUCUAUCGCGUUUUAUUGUCCCGGAUAAUGUUGGCGACAGCGAGGACAUUGACAACAAUGAUGAGGAAGAAGAAGGAGGGGACGGCUCUUCUCAGAAAAAGAAACGCCCAGCCAAAGGCAAGGGCAAGCAGAAGAAGAUCAAGAAGACGCUUGCCCAGCUUAAAAAGGAGGCCUCGAAAAAUCAGAAAUCGAAGCGCAAGUAUCUGCGCCGUCUGGAGAAGACGUGGGUGACGAGCGCCAAGAUCGAAAAGACCCUGGAGGUCCUUGAAGCGAUCCAGGAGCGAGGCGAGGGCGAAAAGACCAUCAUCUUCAGCCAGUUCACCUCGCUGCUCGACCUGUUAGAGGUGCCCGUCUCGCGCCGGGGAUGGGGCUACAGGCGCUACGACGGCAGCAUGAAGCCCGCAGACCGCAACGCAGCCGUGCUCGACUUCACCGACAACCCAGAGUGCAAGAUCAUGCUGGUGUCCCUCAAGGCCGGCAACUCGGGCUUGAACCUCGUCGCCGCCUCGCAGGUCAUCAUCUUCGACCCCUUCUGGAACCCGUACAUCGAAGAGCAAGCGAUCGACCGUGCCCACCGCAUCGGCCAGAUGCGCGAGGUCCAGAUCCAUCGCAUCCUCGUCCCAAAUACCGUCGAGGACCGUAUCCUCGCCCUGCAGGACAAGAAGCGCGAGCUCAUAGAGGGCGCCCUCGACGAAAAGGCUGCCCAGAACGUUUCCAGAUUGGGCACCAGAGAGCUGGCAUAUCUUUUUGGAAUCAACCAAUAA